UUAGCCACGCUGUAUUAUUGGCUUUUGUUGAUUUCUGGGGUGGACAGGAAACCAGACGCACAGACCGCCCAGCAGCAAUCCGUGCUCCCGUCCGCCUGAGAAUGGAGGUGGGGACGUGAGUCCUCUGCGUACCGAGCCACGGAACCAGGGAGUCGCCGGCGCUCGUGAAAAUCCCGAGCUUUUACCGAGUCUGACACAUGCAAUUCAAUUAACGGCUGGAUCUGCACCAACGUUUCUUAAUCCAUUGUUGCCAGUGUCUUUCCCGGGAAGCAGGGAGAAGCAUUAUCGAAAAACAAACCCUUUGGAUUGCUGACAGGAGAAACUCUCCGGUUCCCCAUCGCCGAGUGGCCCGUGGUGAUUGGCCGUCUUGGGGCCCUGACCUGAGGGGGCAGAAAGGUCAAGACACCAAAGAUGGAGCAGUUUUCUGACGAGGAACUGGACCAUGCUGCUGAAGAAGACAGUGACAAGGAGGACCAGGACCUGGACAAGAUGUUCGGGGCGUGGCUGGGAGAGCUGGAUAAGCUGACCAAGAGCCUUGAUGACGGAAAGCCGGAAAAAGUCCACAAGCCGCCCCUCAUCCAAGAUACCAACCUGGCCAACUUCUCCUACCGCUUCUCUAUGUACAACAUCAACGAGGCGCUGAGCCAGGGGGAGCCCGUGGACCUGGACGCCCUCAUGGCCGACCUGUGCUCCAUCGAGCAGGAGCUGAGCACCAUCGGCAAGCCAAGCGGGGGCUCGGUGCGACUCACCCUUCCGGGGGACGUCAAGGGCCACCAGAGGGCGCCGGUGAGCCGGGGCGGAGGGGGCAGCAGCGGGGGCAGCGCCAGCAGCAGCACUAGGGUGUCCCCAGCCUCCACGCUGCGGGCGGGCAGCAGCCACGGCCGACCGCUGGCCUCCAAGCUCUCCCUGGACGACAUCACGGCGCAGCUGGAACGUGCCUCGCUCAGCAUGGACGAGGCGGCCUGCCAGAGCCCAUCCUCCUCAGCGCUGCCCUCCUCCUCCUCCUCCCCCGCCUCCUCUUACUCCUCGUCCACCAUGCACCGCCCCCCUCAGUCUGUGCGGCACCACCGGCGCACGGGCUCGGCCGGCGCCGUCAGCGACCAUGAGAUCCGGUGCAUCAGCCGUUCCUCCCGCUCCAGCAUCAAUUCGGCCUCCGCCUCCAGCGUGGACUCGUUGGACAUUGAGAAGACGGCCCGGCCCGGCGAGGUGGAUGGGCUCCAGCGGCCCGAUCCCCAGGGGCAGGGCCAGACCAGCUCCGAGCACUCCUAUCUGGACAGGGAAACCUCCCUCAUUCUGAAAAGCAUUGCAGGAAAGCCUUCUCAUUUGCUGACAAAGGAGGAACAGGCCGCCAAGCUAAAGGCCGAGAAAAUCCGAGUGGCUCUGGAGAAGAUCAAGGAGGCGCAGGUGAAGAAGCUGGUGAUCCGGGUGCACAUGUCAGACGAGAGUUCCAAGACCAUGAUGGUGGACGAGCGCCAGACCGUCCGGCAGGUUCUGGACAACCUGCUGGAUAAGUCCCACUGUGGCUACAGCCCAGACUGGUCGCUGGUGGAGACCAUUGGCGAGCUGCAGAUGGAGCGGAUCUUCGAGGACCACGAGAACUUGGUGGAGAACCUGCUGAACUGGACCCGGGACAGCAUGAACAAGCUGAUGUUCAUCGAGCGCAUCGAGAAGUACGCGCUCUUCAAGAACCCUCAGAACUACCUGCUGGGGAGGAGAGAGACCUGUGAGAUGGCGGACAGGAACAAGGAGGCGCUGCUGGAGGAGUGCUUCGGGGGCAACUCUGUGUCAGUUCCAGAGAUGGAGGGGGUGCUCUGGCUCAAAGAGGAUGGGAAGAAGUCCUGGAAGAAGCGUUACUUCCUGCUACGCGCCUCCGGAAUCUACUUUGUGCCGAAGGGCAAAGCCAAGGCCUCCAGGGACCUGGCGUGUUUCCUGCAGCUGGAUCACGUGAACGUCUACUACGGGAAGGAUUACCGCAGCAAGUACAAGGCCCCCACUGACUACUGCAUGGCCCUCAAGCAUCCGCAAAUCCAGAAAAAGUCCCAGUACAUCAAGUACCUGUGCUGCGAUGACGUCCGGACGCUGCACCAGUGGGUGAAUGGGAUCCGCAUCGCCAAGUAUGGGAAGCAGCUGUACCUUAACUACCAGGAGGCCAUGAAGCGGACGGAGGCGUCCUACGACUGGGCGUCCCUUUCAGGCUCCAGCAUGAAGUCUGGUUCCAGCUCAUCUAGCCUGCCAGAGUCGCACUCCAACCACUCGACCCAGUCGGACAGUGGCGUGUCCGACACUGUGACCUCGGGCCACGUCCGCUCCCAGAGCGUGGUCAGCUCCAUCUUCUCGGAGGCCUGGAAGAGAGGCACGCAGACUGAGGACACCGUCAAGAUCAUGAGAGAUCCAGUCGAUCACGUGGAUAACAAAUCGCUAUUUUCCUGGGACAGCAGCAUCAGCAAAGUGAGAGUGGAUUCCUGCAGGGGCCCCUACCCUCCUCCGCUGCCGCAGAUGCCCCCGGUGACGCAGCCGCCCCCACAGGGUCGCAGCAGCUACCCGGCCAUAUACCCCCAGGCGACCACACCCCCUCCCCCCGCCCCACCGCUGCCUGGCUCCGCCCACCAAGUAGCCCCGGCCCCGUUCACCAAAUACAGCACCAUCUCGCGGAUGCAGGGCAUCUCGCAGGCGGCAGCCGCUGCGGCGCAGUACCGCCUGCCCCCCCUCAUCCUGCCGCAGCAGCAGCCGCCGGCGCCGCCCCCCCAGUCCAUCAAGCCCGCGCUGCACGGCAUCAACGCGGCCAACGUCCCGCCACCUCCCCCGCCCCCGCCGCCUCUCACCAUGCCCACCCCUGGUUCUGCCAUGGCCGUGCUGAAGCUGGGCCCUCCCAGCCCCUCCCCUCAGUUCACGCCCCCAGUGCCUAGCCAAGCCCAGCUGCCGCCCCCUGCCGUUGCCAUGGAGAGCGGGUGCGCCUUCCCUUCCCCUCCUCUAGGCCAUCCCAUGUACCAACCACUCUGCAGCAAUGGCCACCAGGAUGUUCUGGCCCAACGGUUUGCCACCCUGCCCCAAGAUUUCCCGCCACCUCUCUAUCAGGAUGAGUCUCCUCCUCCACCGCCGCCUCCUGCCCUAACACCUCCUCCUGUGCCUCCUCAGCAGCCAGUGGUUCCGCCCCCCGCACCUGCCAAACUCUUCUAUGGUGGCUUCCCCCCACAUACUGCCCCCAAGCCCACAUCCCCUGUGUCUCCUCCCCCCCCAGCACAGCCCCUGACCUCACCUCCCAAUGCGCCUCCAACCAUGAAGAAACAGCAGAGCUACUCCGGGGGGGGCACACCCAGCCAGCCCCCACCCACGCUGCCUAAGCAGCUCAGCUUCUCCUCCAAGGCGCCGCCUCUGUCUAUCCCCAUAUCAACUGCCCCCUCCCUGGUGAAGCAGAUGGCCAACCAGUUUCCAGGCUCAUCACCACCAGUACCAAGCACCUUAGAAAGUUCUAGAUACUCUGCCCCCCUGUCCCCCCCAGUGAUCAAAACAAAACCCAAGUGGCAGCCAGUGGGCCAAACCCAGCAGCAGUCCCCGGAGUUCCCGCCUCCCCCGCCGGAGAGCAGCCUCGGCUUCCCGCCCCCGCCUGAGCCGGACACCUCCACUCCGCUGCCACACCCUAUGCCCACCUUAAAGAAGUCGCCCUCUGCCUCCUCGGCUGGCUCCAUAGGGCGGAAGCCCCCACCGACUCCCCAGCGCAACUCCAGCAUCAAGUCCAGUAGCUCGCUGGAGCACCAGGAGUACAAGAAGGUGGAGAACCUGAUGAGCCGCUUUGGCCAGACGCCCACACCCACCUUGCCGGCCCCCUCUUCGGGGUCUCCCUCUAAGGAGCCCCUCUCGGCCCCCCCAGGGCUGCCCAAACCGGGCAAACUCAACCUAGCGAACCUGCCCCCCGCCCUGCAAGGCCAGGUGGGGCAGCACACUGAGCCCAGCGGCGACUUCCCCUCCCCCCCUCAGGACUUUGACUACUUCCCCCCUCCCCCGCCCGACUCGGAGCUCUUCCCCCCUCCGCCCCCCGUCGCAGACACCCCCAGUGGUGCCCCUCGAGUGGCUGUGGUUAACCCUCAGCCCCAGGUGCCCUCUGCCCCCGCCCCUGCCACCUGGAGUCAGAGUUCCAUGAAGAAGAAGACGCCCCCCCCCACGCUGGCCCGGCGCAGCACUCCCACCCCCGAGCCACAGCUCAUCUCGCCCCCGGGGCAGCAAGGGCACCCGCCGCACCUCGCUUCCCCGUUGCCCCCCACGUCGCCCAAAGGCACUCUGUCCCUCCAGCCUAACUUCUUGGAGGACCUGAACCGGACUCUUAAGCGCAAGUCCGUCACCCGGCACGGCUCGCUCACCUCGGCCCGCAUCUCCACCAAGCUGGAGCCGGUGGCCACCAUGGACGACAUGGCGCUGCUGCCCCCCCCACCCCCGGAGCUCUUACUCGACCACAAGCGCAAGGGCGGCUUCGCUUCCGGAAACAUCUCAGGCUAUGCAACGCUUCGGCGCGGGCCCCCCCCGGCGCCUCCCAAGCGGGACCAGAACACCAAACUGACCGGGGAGUGCUAAUGUGUGUGUGUGUGUGUGUGUGUGUACGUGGGGGGGGGGUGGUUCUGUGCCCGAUUUCUCUGUUCCUAACCUAACCUAAUAGCUACCUUAUUAUGCGAAAAGAGCAAACCAAACGUUAUAGCGGCUUCCCGUGUCUUUGUGCGGCUUCCUAGCGAGUAUAAGCAGCUAGCGCCCUGCUAGCGGGACGACCCCCCCUUACAUGUGUCGGUGUUUUGGUACUGCAUGGACUCUGCCGAGGACUUUACAGGGAUGGGGGGGGGAGGUGUAUGUCUGUGGUAGAGUUACUUUUUUAUGUCACAUUAUUUAAUAUGCUUUUUAAAAUUUUCAGUUCUAAAAUUUGCAGAAUAAAUUUUAACAGUCUGUCACAGGUGUUUGGGGGGGGGGGUUAAUCCUGUGGAUUCAGUGUCAGUGUGUGGGGCAUGGUCCUCCCCCAGGACCAGCCCACUCCGGUCACACUGGUGGAGGAUGGUUUCAAGAUGUGGUAAUGGGAGAGGGGGGGGGGUUCAGCUUCAGCUCUGGAUCCUCACGCCUGUCCCAGAGGACUGUAGAAAUGUGAUUGGCCAAUUUCCUUUCUGCACCGGAUUGGUUGGGAUCCAUUCAUAUGUGUCACAUAAGUAGUAAAAAGGGAUGUUGACUGUUAAUAAUGUGGAGAUGAAACAGGAAGAGGCGUCUGCCUGCACCUGCCAACGGCCAGUCUGGUUUCCCCAUGUUCUGUCUCUGAUGGCCAAAAUGGCUUCAGCAAACCGUGUUGUCGGUCACGUCGCAGUCUGUCUGUAUAUAGAGCUGCUGUUCCUGCCUUUAUAUGGCUCCCUUUGGCCUGCCUUUGUGGGGGGGGGGCACUCUGAGCCAUAGGGGUGUCAAAUGCUCAUCCCAGUACUGGGACCACUGUAUGAAAAAGCAAGAAAGGGGGGUUUGAUUGACUUAGGACUGAUUAAUGUAAUUGGUGCUUCACGUAACCAUGUACAAAUAUUCCCUGUUUUUAUUCAUGAAUAGCUAUACUCAGAUUUACUGCCGUUACUGUUUUUCAUGUCUGCAAACAGACCUUUAAGCAAAGUAUUAAAUUAUUGAAGUAUAGUAUCUGAACUAGGUGGCCAAAGGAGCUAUUUAAAGUCAGGAACAUCCCUUAAAAUAUAAAAAUUGGAGUAAUAGAAUAAAAUGCAUAUAAAGUAAAUAUAAAUGUUUAAAUCAUA